UUGAAUGUAGCUACGAGAAAGUGGCUUACGACAGACCUGCAAUGUACUCGACUGUUAAUAUUGCAGGUUAGAGGUGCCGUGAAGUUAAGGCUGAUUGGUUCUGUAGUCCAAACUCUCUUACACAAAACAUCCCUCGGGUUACAGCAGUAAUCCAUCGCUGAAAACCUCCUCCAGGUUAAAUUCAGAGGUCAAUGCAGUAGCAGCCUCGCUGCCCAUUGUUUAGCAUAGAGAGACUCAUCCCAACUUUUAAAAUCCUACAUUCCUCUCCCCCCCCCAUGCCAAUUUAAGCCCUUUGUUAGAGAGUGAACUGCUAACUGCUUCUUGGUUUUGUUCGGAUGAAGACACCGCCGCCCAAUCCCAGGCUGCAUGUAUCACCUUGAAGCAGUAUGGUGGUUCUCAGAAAAGGUGAUCACAUAUGGUUGGAAUCUCCUUCAGGCAGUGAGUUUAAUGUGCCCAUUGGGGCAGUUGUAAAGAUUUCUGACUCGGGACGGUUCUUGCUGGAGGAUGAUGAAGGCAAGGAACACUGGAUCCCGAGUCAGAACAUCUGCAAUGUGCGACCAAUGCAUCCUGCCUCUGUUGGAGGAGUUGAAGAUAUGAUACGCCUUGGAGACAUGAAUGAAGCUGGCAUGGUGCGCAACCUUCUUAUCCGUUACAAGGAACACAAAAUCUAUACCUAUAUAGGCUCUAUCUUGGUCGCUGUGAAUCCAUAUCAAGUGCUGCCACUGUAUACCAUGGAACAGAUCAGACUCUACUGUAACAAGAGGAUUGGGGAACUGCCACCUCAUGUCUUUGCCAUUGCUGACAACUGUUAUUUCAACAUGAAGAGAAAUGAAAGAGACCAAUGCUGUGUCAUCAGUGGAGAAUCUGGAGCUGGGAAGACUGAAAGCACAAAGCUAAUAUUGCAGUUCUUAGCUGCUAUUAGUGGCCAACACUCCUGGAUUGAGCAACAGAUUCUAGAGGCCGAUCCUAUUUUAGAAGCUUUUGGAAAUGCCAAGACAAUUCGAAAUGACAACUCAAGUCGCUUUGGGAAAUACAUUGAUAUUCACUUCAGCCAAAAUGCGGUGAUAGAAGGAGCCCAAAUAGAGCAGUUUCUUCUGGAGAAGUCUCGAGUUUGUCGCCAGGCUCCUGAGGAAAGAAACUAUCAUAUAUUUUACUGCAUGUUAAUGGGGAUGAAUCUGGAACAGAAGAAAAUGCUGAAUCUAGGUACUCCUGCUGAGUACACCUACCUUACUAUGGGUGAAUGCACUUCCUGUGAAGGCCGUGAUGAUGCCAAGGAAUAUGCUCAUAUCCGCUCUGCCAUGAAGAUCCUAAUGUUCUCUGAUUCUGAGCACUGGGACAUAAGCAAACUGCUGGCAGCCAUUUUACAUCUGGGGAAUAUGGAGUUUGAAGCUGCUGUAUAUGAUAAUAUAGACUGCUCUGCUGUGCUGGAUUCUGCACACUUUUCCAUUGCAACCAAACUACUUGAGGUGGAUUCUGGGGAACUCCACAGCAGCCUUACAAAUCACUCAAUCAUCAUCCGAGGGGAGAGUGUCUCCAUGCCCCUAAGUGUAGCCCAAGCUGCUGAUGUGAGAGAUGCCUUUGUAAAGGGUAUCUAUGGGCUCCUCUUCCUCUGGAUAGUGAAUAAAAUCAAUGCUGCAAUUUACAACCCACCUUCUCAGGAUCAUAAAAACACAUGCAGAUCCAUUGGGCUACUGGACAUCUUUGGCUUUGAAAAUUUUAACACCAACAGUUUUGAGCAACUAUGCAUCAACUUUGCCAAUGAGCACCUCCAGCAAUUCUUUGUGGAACAUAUCUUCAAGCUGGAGCAGGAGGAAUACUUGGCUGAGCACAUCACCUGGAAUCAUAUUGACUUCACUGAUAACUGUAUGGCCUUGGAAGUGAUUGCACUCAAACCCAUGAAUAUUGUGUCACUCAUUGAUGAGGAAAGCAGGUUCCCUAAGGGAACAGACACAACCAUGUUAAACAAAAUCAACAAUCAUCAUAGCAGAAGCAAAAUCUACAUUCCUCCAAGAAGUGUCCAUGACACAGUCUUUGGUAUCAACCAUUUUGCUGGUGUUAUUUAUUACCAGUCAAAAGGUUUUCUUGAGAAAAAUCGUGACAUGCUUAGCUCUGACAUCCUGCAGUUGGUUCAUUCAUCCAAAAACAAAUUCCUGAGACAGAUGUUCCAAGUGGACACACCCAUGAAUGUGCCAUCUUUUGGCCGUGGAUGCAUCAAGCAUCUUGGAGUGGAUCCCACCCUCAAGGGAUCAGGUGCCACCAAGCGCCUGUCUACAUUAGGGGGACAGUUCAAACAGUCACUGGAGCAGCUGAUGAAAAUCCUGGGUAACUGCCAGCCAUAUUUUAUCCGCUGUCUCAAACCCAAUGACUACAAGAAGCCAAUGCUGUUCGACCGGGAACUCUGUAUCCGACAGCUGCGCUACUCUGGGAUGAUGGAAACCAUUCGGAUUAGGAAGGCUGGUUAUCCGAUUCGCUAUAGUUUUGCAGAUUUCUUUGAGAGAUACCGAGUUCUGCAGUCAUUGUCUUCUCCAGAGCAGCUGAAGAAUGAGGCUCGCCAAUGCUGCAUUUACAUCUGUGAGAGGGUGAUAGGAAACGACAAUGAGUGGAAAAUUGGAAGAACCAAAGUUUUCCUGAAAGACUAUCAUGAUACCAUACUGGAAGUAGAACGAGACAAAGCACUCACAGAGAAAGCCAUUCUAAUUCAGAAAGCUCUGAGGGGAUUCAAGGACAGGAAACAGUUUCUGAGGCAGAGGCGCUGUGCUGUGGUUAUCCAGACAGCCUGGAGGGGCUAUUGCUGUCGGAAGCGCUUCAAGAUGAUCAUGUUGGGGUUUGAGCGCCUGCAAGCCCUUUUCCGGAGCAGACAGCUUGUGAAGCAGUACAAGUCAGCCCGGGCAAAUGUGAUUAAGUUCCAAGCUUUGUGCCGCAGUUAUCUGAUGCGCCAGAAAACAGCUGAACAGCUGAAAGCUGUGUGUGUGAUACAGGCUUAUGCCAGGGGGAUGUUUGCUCGUAGGGGUUUCUGGAGAAUGAAGAAAGAGCAGCGACAUAAUCUGGAAGCUAGAAAGCUACACUUAGAGGAAGAUAAGAAUCUCCUUCCAAUAAUUGGAGCAAAAAAAGCAAAGGGAGAAGCUCUUCCAACAAAAAAGGAGCACCUGGCUGAUGGGGAACAAGAAGUGGAUGCUGAGAAGCUAAGGAAACAUGAUGCUGUUGACAACAAACAUGAGACACUAUAUGAUGCCAUCAGUGACCAGGAAAUGGUGGACAGAGUGUUUGGUUUCUUACCUCCUUUAAUUGGAGGGCAAGAAGGGCAGGCUCCCCUGGGCUUUGAGGAUCUAGAGACAAAGAUACAGACAUACAAGCCAAACGAGGUGGACCUGGAUAUGAUCCCUAUGGCCAUUGAACUGGAGGAGGAGGAGGAGACUGAUGACCUGGCAGAAUAUACAUUCCCCAAAUUUGCAGCCACUUACUUCCAAGGAUCCUCUACACAUACACACAUUCGACGGCCACUGCACCACCCACUGCUCUACCAUGAUGAGAACGAUGAUAUGGCAUCUCUAGAAGUUUGGACCGUUAUCUUGCAAUUCAUGGGUGAAUUACCAGAGCUGGCGAAGAACAUCAACAGCAGGAGCAGCUCUGAGAGAGACAAGAGGAAAGAUAACAAGUUCAGCAAGGUCGUUUCGUCUGUGAAACUAAAACGCAACUCCAAGCUGACCGGAAAGGUGGCCAACCAGCUCAAUAAUGGGGAAGACACGUUUCAGGAGGAGAGCGCUGUGUCUGAGAGGCCUAUGUCUAAUCUUGAGAAAGUGCACUUCAUUAUUGGCAAUGCUAUCAUGCGUCCUGCCAUCAGGGAUGAGAUUUACUGCCAGAUCUGCAAACAACUCACAGAGAAUAACAAUAAAACCAGUUAUCUGAGAGGCUGGAUCCUGCUGUCACUCUGUCUUGGUUCCUUCUCUCCUACAGACAAGUUUGUGAAGUACCUACUGAAUUUCAUCCGUGGUGGACCACCAUUGUAUGUGCCAUACUGUUCUGAAAGGCUGAAGCGCACAUAUAUGAAUGGAACACGAUCAGAACCACCUAGCUGGCUGGAGCUGCAGGCAACAAAGAGUAAGAAGCCUAUUACACUCAGCGUCACCCUGAUGAAUGGCAGCAGCAUCACAGUCCCAGCGGAUUCAGCCUCCACUGCAAAGGAAAUCUGCCAAUGUGUCGCUGAAAAAACUAACUUGAAGGAUACAUUUGGUUUCUCACUCUACAUUGCUUUGCAUGACAAGGUUUGGUCGCUAGGAAAUGGACAGGAUCACAUCAUGGAUGCAAUUUCCCAGUGUGAACAACUGGAAAGGGAGAAAGGGGGCCACGAACGCCACACACCCUGGCGCCUCUACUUUAGGAAAGAGAUCUUCACUCCCUGGCACAACUCUAAAGAAGAUCCUGUCAGCACUGAGCUCAUCUAUCAUCAGAUCAUCCGCGGCAUCCGGUUUGGAGAAUACCGCUGUGAGGAGGACGACUUAGUGGAGAUAGGAGCCAAAUACUGCUAUGUCCAGCUUGGAGAGUCCAUCCAAAAUGAGUUGGUUCAAACCAUUCUCCAGGAGUGUAUCCCAGCAAAGCUGCUAAGGUCCAAAUCUCAGGAGAAGUGGGUGAGCCUCAUCACAUAUGCUCAUGCUAAGGCUCCUUACACACAGGACCAGCUUUCCCCUCAGAGUGUGAAGGAGCAGCUGGUGGAUUUUGCCUGCUUUCAGUGGCCUCUACUCUUUUCUAGGUUCUUUAAAGUCACCAAAUUUUCAGGACCAAGCCUGCCCAAGAACCAUUUCAUAGUGGCAAUUAAUUGGAAAGGUAUCUGCUUCCUCGAUGACUCUGAAAAGAGACUUUUAGACCUGUCUUUCCCAGAAAUUACUGGCAUCCACACCAGCAGGGCAGCCAAGACAUUUGGACAAAGUUGCACCAUCACCACCUUACGUGCUGAAGAGUUUGUCUUGACAUCUGUCAACAGCGUUGUCAUUGCCGAGCUGGUGGUCAUGUUUCUGGAAGGACUGAAAGAGAGGUCACAGUAUGCUGUGGCAAUGCAGGAAAAUAAGCAGCAAGAUGACUCCACAAUUCUGGCCUUUAAGAAGGGGGAUUUGCUGAUUUUAACUCAGGACAGAGGACUAGAAAAAAGCCGUGGCAGGAUGCACACACAUAACAACAGACUGGGAGAAAGCCAAGGUUGGAUCCAUGCUCAAAAUGAGCGAACUGAUAAAUCUGGACUUGUGUCACGAGAUGUGAUCUAUGUCAUCCCUACUGUUACAAAACCUUCUAGUCAAAUACUGAGCCUGCUGCUGAUGUCACCUGAACAAAGGAGGUUGGCAUCCCUAAAUUCUCGCACAGAGGAACCUGAGGAAGAGGAAGCAAAGGUGAAACCAUACACUCUUGAAGAAUUCUCCUAUGAGCACUUCAGAAUUCCCGAGAAGGACUCCAUCAGCAAAGCUGUCUUAUACAAGUCCCGGGGACGGAAUCACUUGUGGGCUUACUCUAGGGAGCCCCUGAAGCAGCCCUUACUGAAGAAAGUAUGCAGCAACCCAUACCUCUGGGACUUUGCUUGCCAGUCCUUCAUUGCUAUCAUGAAAUACAUGGGAGACUACCCCUCAAAGCAAGAGAGAUCUCCUGUGGAGCUCACUGAUCAGAUAUUUGUAGUGGCAAUGCAGGAGGAAGUUCUGUGCGAUGAGAUCUACUGUCAGAUUAUGAAACAGUUGACGGAGAACACCAACAGGUACAGCCUGAACAGUGGUUGGCAGUUACUCUGGCUCUGCACAGGCCUUUUCCCUCCUAGUAAAUUGCUGCUGAAACAUGCUCAGAAAUUUAUGGAGACUCGUCAGAAAGAGAACCUGGCUUUGGACUGCAGACGUAGGAUCCAAAGGAUGAUGAGGAGUGGCUGUCGGAAGUGGGCCCCACACAGUGUGGAAGUGGAGGCGAUUCAAAAGAAUAUCACAAAGAUCUCUCACAAGGUUUACUUUCCAAAUGAUACAGAGCAGGUAUUUGAGGUAGGGACAAACACAAAAGUACGGACUCUGUGUCAGACCAUUGCCUGCCAGAUGGAACUGAGUUCCUGGGAAGGAUUCAGCCUCUUUGUCAAGACUGCAGACAAGGUGAUCAGCCAGAAUGAGGCAGAUUACUUCUUUGACUCUUUGAGACAGGUGACUGAUUUGACGCGGAACAACAGGCUGAGCAGAGACGUGGUUUUCAUCACUGUGAAUUACCAGGUGUAUUUCAUGAGAAAGUUAUGGCUAAAUGUGGCUCCUGGGAAGGACUUGAAGGCUGACUGCAUCUUUCACUAUCAUCAGGAACUACCAAAGUAUCUACGAGGAUAUCACAGGUGUUCAAAAGAGGAUGCCAUCCAAUUAGCUGGGCUGAUUUUUAAAGUUAACUUUAAUAAUGAUCGAAUGCAAUAUGCAGCAAUUCCCAAAAUACUGAAGGAACUAGUGCCUGAGAACAUGAUCAGAACAACAUCUCCAGAGGAGUGGAAACGGAGUAUUAUUUCUGCCUCUAACAAACAUGAACAGAAAACUGUGGAUGAAGCCAAAAUUGCCUUCUUGAAGUUCAUGUACCGUUGGCCAACAUUUGGCUCAGCCUUCUUCGAAGUGAAGCAAACUUCAGAGCCAAAUUUCCCUGACAUUGUAUUCAUUGCUAUCAACAAACAAGGACUCUCCUUAAUACAUCCAAAGACUAAGGAGAUCUUGACAGUUUACCCUUUCACUAAAAUUUCCAGCUGGAGGAGUGGCAGCACAUACUUCCACAUGACUAUAGGGAACUUGGUACAAGGUAGUCGGAUCCUUUGUGAAACAUCCCUGGGAUACAAAAUGGAUGACCUAAUGACAUCAUAUGUGCACUUGUUAAUGAAUGAUGUAAACAAACAGAAGAAUCAACAUCUCCCUGCCUGAGAAUAAGAAGCACCCAUCAUUUACAGGUUGUGCCAAACUGACAGUAUUUAAUAUAUUGGAAGAAAUUCAUUUUAAACUUUACAUUUGUCAGUGCAGUCUCUAAUUGUAUCUUUCUUGACCCUAGAGGACUGAACCAAAAACUACGGCUGUCGCAGAGACAUGUGUGUGUUUAAGCCACAAAUAAAGCUGUAGUCAGCUCAGAGUGCAAAUGCUGAGAUUUCAACAUAACUAUUCCAAAAUAAUCUGCAUUUUUUUCCUGUAAUGACAGCCUCCUUUUCUCGAAAUUUAUCCUGCACUAGAUUAUCACAUCCUUUCCUAUUGAGAAAGGAAUGCAUGAUAGGCAUGGUGUACUCCUGGCAUCAGCACAAACUUCUGCAAUACACAGCAAAAAGUUACUGUGUUACCCUUUAAGUACCGGGAAAGUACACUGAAAGGAAGCAUCCUCAUGAGGUGAAGUCAGUCUACUUACUCCAUGAAUGAUUUUUUUUAAUUGAUUUUAUUUUUAUAUGUUGUAUUCCACCUAGAUACAUUCUUAUGAAAGUGUGGGUUAUAAAUACAUAAAUAAACAAUGUUACCUUAGCUCGAGAAACAUGCUUCACCUAUUUGUAACUGACUACCAGGAAAUAUAGGCCCUCUGUGGCGCAGAGUGGUAAGAGGCGGUAACGAAGCCGAAGCUCUGCUCAUGGCCGGAGUUCGAUUCCAAUGGAAGGAGGAAGUCAAAUAUCCGGUAAAAGGGGUCGAGGUCCACUCAGCCUUCCAUCCAUCCGUGGUCGGUAAAAUGAGUACCCGGCAUAUGCUGGGGGGUAAAGAAAGGCCAGGGAAGGAACUGGCAAUCCCACCCCAUAUAUACGGUCUGCCUAGUAAACGUCGCAAGAUGUCAGCCUAAGAGUCAGAAACGACUCGCACUAUAAGUGUGGGGACACCUUUACCUUUUUACCAGGAAAUAUGUGUAGGACUGUGUUGUGUCAAAUAAUUGUAGCAAUAAAGAUUCCAUGCAUCACAGCCUUUGUACUGUGCUGACAAGAUUGUUCUAAUAAAACUUUCAAUAAUCCAAGGAGCUAGGAAGUUAUUGUUGGUACUACAUGUUUUUUUGUGUAAAAGGAAAUUCCAAACCUGUCUUUGCUAAAUGAUAUAUUCUCCAAUGAUUGUUGCAGCAUGUUCACACAAACUUUUCAGCAGUUGAGGAAAACCAAUACUGUUGGCUUCCCUGUUAUUUACCAAAGUAGUCACAAUAGUCUCUGUUGAAUCUAGCAGAAGGCACAGUUUGGCAAAGAAGGUGUUUCGUACAUGUGUACUGGAGGAUUAGAAUGUUGGGAUCUUUCUGCACCUAAAUGAGUGCCACACUUUUAAAAAUACUGAACCUUUUGCAAACAAGCAUCCAGACAUUCCACAUGCAGUGUCCAUUGCUGGCAGUGGACUCUUUGAAGCUAGCUGGCUCAAAGGUGAGAUCAAGAUUGUACUGUAUGUCUGAAUCCUUAAUGUAAAUUCAGUUUGAUGCUUUAAUUUAAAAUGUUGUAUAUUCGUUUUCUGUUAAUGAUAAUAGCCAAAUUAUUGUGUCCACUUUCUAAAAAGAAAAUUGCAAAAUAACUGGAGUAAUACUGUUAACUUCCUUCCAGAAAUGUAUGUCACACUAAACCAAGUAUAAAUCCAUAAAGUCUUGAACAGCUUUUCAGUCUUCUGUUACCAAAGCACUUAACGCUACAGAUUGGAUCAAAGAAUCCUUCCUACA